UAUUAAGAGGCUGUUGUGACUCAGGAGAUAAUAUAGCAGGUUUAUAUUUAUCAACAUGAGUAGUGGAUGAAAACAUGAGUAAAGUUGGGGCCUAUAUCGUGAGCCAGGAAUACUUUAUUACACGUAGUGUUACUGUACAUUACACAUAAUAGAAGAGUUAGAAGAAUAAGUUUCUUUUUUCCCCUCAGGAAUGAAGGGUUAAAUUGUGAAACAGACUUUUGACGUACAUUUUGGGCACAGAAUAGGCCUUGUACAGUAAUUAUUGCUACAGCAGUAGGCAAAAAUAACUCAAAUGUGCCCUUCAAAUGUGCAACACGGACAGAAACAAAGCGAGUUGUUCAGCUGAAACGCAUUCCUCAGUGUAAACGUUCAUUGUUGACAUGUAAAAAAAAAGAGAAGUAAAUAAGCUCAUAACGGAACCAUGAAUCUAAUUUUUUUCAGUUAAAGACAUCCUAAAUUCACUAUGGAAACCAAAGUGACUCAGUGAAGAGCAGACCUACAAACGCCGGUAAAGUAAUUUUGACCCUUAGCACUUGCCGUAGCCGAAGCUGUAAUCAUGGCGGCUGUCAACUGACUCAAAACUUUUGACGGGACCAAACUUUUUGAACUGAUAUGCCGGUCGCUCUGCUGACAGCUGGUUUGAGGGCGCUUAAUCUUAGACCUUUCAAAACCGCAUCGGACAUCAGAUGAAGAUAACGCAAAGACUGUGAAGAUGUAAACCCGCGCUAACGUUGACAGAUGCAAAGAUGUAUCGCCUACAUCGCUAGUAGCUAAGCUAAUGUUAGCCACUGUCAACAAGUUAGCUAGCAAAACUUUUAGCUCAGGUUUUGGUGUCGGCGAGAUUUUUCAUGUCAUAGCGGACGUUUAUCCGACCAACUCUCUUUAGAGUACCUGUUUUUUGGCCUGGAUAGUUAAUCUUUCUUAUCAAAAUGUGUCGUUUUCUACGCUACUGUGUCAGCCACUGCCUUCAUGCAGCAAUGACCCGUCUGGAGGAGGUCAACGGUGAGGUGAGCAUGUGGUCGUCUGUCAGGUGUCUGGGCUACCUGUCCGGUCUCAACCUGCUGGUCGCCCUGUGUCUGGGGCUCUAUGCGCGGUGGGAGAGGACAGCGGAGACCAUUCUUCUUGUCAUUUUUGUUUUGGCUCUGAUUGUCCUCGGAAUAGCAAGUAUAAUGUACUACUACUUCAGCAUGGAGAGGGUCAGCCUCAGUCUACUACAUCCGUGGUUCGGGUUUUUGCUGGGGCUGCUGUGUUUUCUCAACAGUCCUGCCCUGAAGAACGACUCGAAGGAGCGUGCGUCCAACUACCUGCUGCUUUCCAGCGUGGUUCUGAGGACGCUCUGGGCGCUGCUGGACCGUCUGUUUGGGUGUACCAGGUACCGUCCUGCCUUCCUCACCUCGGCGGAGCGGCUGGAGCUGGCGGGCUUUGCCACCGCCAGCGCGGCACUGCUCUUCCAGAAGUCCAUGAGCGUGAUGGUGCUGGUGGUGGCGCUGGCCACGGUCAUGGUUGCCCUCCGGAUGAAGGCUCUUCUUGCGCUUCCCAACUUGGUCUGCUUCGCUGUCAUCACCGCCGUGGUGCUCUUCAAGUCCCUGAACAUCACCACCAACCCGUUCGCCCUCGCCUGCUUUUUCAGCCAGCUCAUCUGCGACCCCCUGCUGGAUGUCUACUUCAGUGGUCUCUCUGUGACCGAGCGCUGGCAGCAUUUCCUGGUGUGGCGGGGCCUGUGGCGCCGGCUGUCCCUCUUGCCACUGCUGGCGGUGGAGGUGACCUUCAUCAUUCUGGCCGGUCGGAAAUUGACGGACCUGGAUCAGUGGUACCUGAUGAUCCCAAGUUUCGUGGUCUGUGUGCUCUUCUGGACUAUUUGCCACAUGGUUUUUGUCAUCACAGUGUGGGGCUUUCACACCAAGCUCAGUGACUGCCAGAGGGUGUGCUUGUCCCAGGGGUCAGGUGGCAACGGGUUGGACAAGAUCAUGGCCUCAAAGGGCAUGAGACAUUUCUGCCUCAUCUCUGAACGCCUGGUGCUUUUCACGCUGGUGUCAACUGUUGCUGUUGCUGCUCUUUGUUGGCAGGCCUCCAGCAGUAUCUUUGUGAGCCUGUUUCUGCUCGUCCUGCCUCUGGAGUCUUUGUUCCACGGGCUUUUCCACGAGCUCGGGAACAGCCUGGGAGGAACGUGUGUGGGCUACGCAGUGGUCAUCCCUACCAACUACUGCAGCCCUGAUGGGCAGCCCAUGCUCCUGCCUCCAGACCAGGUGCAGGAGCUGAACAGGCGCUCGACGAGCAUGUUGAACAGCGUGCAGCGCUUCUUCGCCCACCACCUGAUUGAGAAUUUUGGCUGCGACUAUUCCACCAGCGGGUUGACCCUGGAGGCUUUGCAGGCCAAGAUCAAAUCCUUCCUGGAGCUUCGCACAGCAGACGGGCCUCGUCACGACACCUACGUGAUCUUCUACAGCGGUCACAGUCACCGCUCAGGGGAGUGGGCGCUGGCAGGAGGAGACACUCUUCGUCUUGAUCAGAUCUUGGAGUGGUGGAGGGAGAAGAACAGCAACUUUUGUUCGCGCCUCAUCUUGGUGCUCGACUGCGACAACUCGUUGCCGUGGGUGAAGGAGGUAAGGAGGGUGGAGGGUCUGUACGUGGCCAUACAGGGCGCGACGCUCGCUCGGGUUACGGACGUCGAGCAGCAGGACCCCCCGCAGCUCGGAGACUUCACCUCGCAGUGGGUGGAGUACAACUGCAACUCAAACAGCAACAUCCGGUGGGGGGAAAGGCCCAGGGCAGUUUACGCUGCUUAUGGCAUCUCCAAACACUGGAGUGACUACACGCUGCACCUGCCGACAGAAAGUGAUGUGACCAACCACUGGCGAAUGUAUUUCCCCCGGAUGACGUACCCGGUGGUUCAGUUGGCCCUGUGGUGCGGCGGCCUGAACCUGCUGUGGCUCUGCGGCGCCUGCCUGCGAUGUCUCAAGAGAGUCAAACUCAACUGGUUUCCACCAGCUAUACUGGACACCGGCCAAGGCUUCAAACUGGUCCGAUCAUAGAAAUGUGACUAAGGGCUAUUUUUAUUUUCAAAAUAUAUUUCAGACAGAAUCUUUUAUACGCAACAUUCUUUUGACCCUGACAAUAGGCAGCUAUUGGAUUAUAAACUCGUCACUAACCAGUAUCUUGUUAGUUACUGAAAAACGAAUCACUUAGUUACUGGUGCAAUUUCAAAUGUCUUCUUAGAACCAGUUUUUAGAUUGUUUGCAAAUUCUUUGAUUAAUGAAAGUUUUUGGCUUUUGAUUUAAAGAUCCUAACAUCCUAGUCAAACAGACAUGUCACAGCAUAGAAUGUGACUGAGCACAAUGAUACUAUUUUGCACAUUUUUUUUUAUUUACAUUAUAUUUGCUGUAAUGAUUCUGAUUCCACCUUCCACCAUUUUAAGAACAUUCGUUUUGUGCCUUUGAAACAACCAAAUAACAUUCAGCUCCCCAAGCUGAUCCUUUUAAACUUAAACCAAAGUGGCCGUGGUACAUUUACAGAGGAAGAUCUCAGGCAUCAAUAAUAUUCAGUUUCUAGAGCUCAAAAUGUUAUUAUGUUCCUGUCUUACAUUGUGAAAUGAUUCCUUUUACACCCUAAUGUACUCCACUGUGUAUUUGUACGCUCCAAGCUUUGAAUAUAUUUAAUUCACUGCUGUGUUUCUGUUGUAGCAGCAUUUUGUAAAGCUUUGAGGAAUCGGUUGAAACACACUCCAGCUGCUUCAGGGAGUCCAGAAAGAUUUUAAAAAGACAAACUGUACUGAUAAAUGCACUACAAGCAGAGAUAUGAGAGAACUGCAGUAUUUAUGUCAUCAUAAAUGCCAGGAAUGAAAUGCGUCACAUGAGAUCCAUUUCCUUCCUGGGGUUUUUUGGAGUUUACUGGGCAAUGCAGGUUUAUUCUAAUCAGUUUCAUGUGUUUGCAGAAGGACUUGUAAGAAAAAAGUGAAAAAUGGUUGAAACUAUGCAAUAAAGGAGAAGUGAGACCUCA